AUGACGGCACAGGACGCAGGGGUUCCGAUCAUGGGCAAGAGCUUCAGGAGCCAAUUGGGUGCCAUGGCAAAUGAGAGUGCGUCCAUUGGUGUGUCGGCGUUUGCGCGUCUUCAGAUGGAGAAAAUGGGGUGGUCCGUCGGUAAAGGCCUGGGCAAGCAUGAGCAAGGCGUGCAGUCCCACGUGAAGGUCAAGCGGAGGAAGGAGUUGCAGGGCGUGGGAGCCGAGAAGAAAGAGGUCCGAGAGGAGCACAAGCAGUGGUGGUACAAUGUGUACGAUUCAGUUGCUAGUAAGAUCGUCGUGGACGACGAGUUGUCAGCUGCUGACGAGCCAGAGAGAGAGAGAAAGAGGCGCAAGAAGGCGAGACGGUUGGAGAAGAAGUUGUCAGGGAACAACCGCAAAGAAGGACACGAGCAGGUACACUACGAAGCUCGGAUUCCGACGGCAGAAGAGCUGUUUGCUGCUACGGGUGGGAAACUGUUCGGUCGUCGAGCCUAUGGCUCGUGCAACGGGAAGUUGAAACGCAACGAGCUGCAGCUUCAGAAAAUAGAGGCGCAGGCGAGUCAAGACAUGGAGACAAUGCGUGCGUUGAGCACUAGGAUGACGGAAGAGGAAAACACAGACCGGAGAAGGAAAAAAGCCAAGACGAGUGAAGUGGAGGGACUGGAGGAGACAAAGAAGGAGAAGAAGAAGAAGAAACACGAGAAGAAGGCGAAGAAGCGCGCUGCAAGUGACGACUCGGUGUGA